ACAUCGGCUGGCCAAGAGGAAGGAGGAGUGCAAAAACUUUUCGCAAAUUCGCGAAAGAGAAGGUGCUGCUGCUGCUGCUGCUGCUGCCCCCGAGAUGAGAGAGACGAGUAUGCAAAGGUUGCACGGCCAAGUACGGACUCCUUCCCUCCCUACGACAGACGCCAAUGGAACGGAGUCCGACGACUGAGUUAGAGACACCCUUGAAGCGGAGGAAGCGGACUCGGAAGAAUUGCAUGCUGCGGACGAGGCGGAUUGCCAUUUCUUUGCAAGGGGGUCUGCUGUUGAAUUCGCAAAGUUUGGGAUGUCAGUUCGCUGAUUAUUGUGUUUCCAAGAGGAGCCCACGAGCUAGGCGUGCAUCUCCGUUGCACUACUCGCAUUUCGGGAAAUAAUAACAUUCAUGUGCAAGCCAGAUGCAAUAUGCAGUCGGCAAGAAGUGAUUGUGUUCGGGUAUUAAAUACUCAAGCCCGACCUAGGACUACUUUGGCGUGAGCUCCAGUGAUGCCUUAGGUCACAUUCUCCGCCUAUUGGUGCUUUCCACGUCGCUGAGAGAGUUUAUAUGAAGAAACCGAUCAUCAAGAACAGGGAUCUAAAAGCCAUUGAGAGAACACGUUUCAGAGUGAUUGAUUCAAUGGAACAUGUCCUCUAUGUUUAAAAACGACUCGGAGUCAAAAGCAUUCAAGAACCCCGCAAUCAAUACAAAGCAACUAAAUCAUAACAACAACUCCCAUUUAGAGCACCCAAGUCGACAUUCUUGCUCAGUUCCCUCUCCAGUGAAGUCAACGACAUCCAAAGACCUGAACCGAAGUGAUUCGGCUCAAAGUCCACCCGUUUUGGGACAUUUGGCGCUGCAGAACCUUAAGAACCUCUUGGAUACCUAUCGCCUGUUUGCCCCCGUCUUCAUUGGGGGCCCAGACGCGAUAACCCUGGACAAUCACAGCCACACCAAUCCUGGGGGCAGUGGAACCCCAGCGGCACAUGCGGCUUUGGCAGCGGCAGCUGCAGCCAACGGUGUCUCAGUCAGCAUGAACGGGUUCCUGCACAACCCUGUGGGAGGCCUCUCCCCUGGUGACCAUGCCCGACACCUUCAGUUCGGGAUGCUUCCAAAAGUGGAUUUCGCCAACAAACUGUCACAUCUACUCCAACCUGGGAUACCAGGCGGUAUACCUGAUCUGAGAUACCCACCUGCUGCCGCAGCCGCAGCUGCGGCCGCAGCUGCUGCGUCUCAUCAUCAUCAUCACCCACGUAACCGACAUCACAGUGACCUCACGCCUCACCCACAUAUGCCACCCCAUCAUCUCACCCGCCCUACCGACCCCCGCUCAGUCCAGGCAGGAGGUGUGCCUUACUCAGCCGCCGAUGCAGCCAUAGCCGCCCAAUUUGCGGCUGCCGCUCAGCAACACCGCUUCCAAGAACAAAACAGACUGUAUGCCCAACUCUAUGACCGGAUGCGGCUAGCUCAACAGGCCGCCAGUGUGUCUGUAGCAAAUUCGGUGGGCGGACCUGAUCAGUCCCGACGAACCAGUGUGGGAGCGAGCAGCAGUGUGACUGGUAGUGUUAGACGACGACAAAGCAAAGGCCAAAUUCAACACUUGACCGGUGAUAUGAUCCGACGCAUACGGGAGCGACACAAACGACAAUUGGCAGCUCAAAAUCCCUCCUACAAUCAACGAGGGAGAACCUCUCCAUUAUUGAACGUUUCUUCACAUGGCCCAGGUUCCAUGUCACAUCUUAACUCAGAUCCAUCCAACCUGCCACUUGACCAUCAUGAGUUGGAAAUGCUCAGCCGUCAUCGGGCCGAGUCAAUAGACUCAAAUAGGUCGCAAAUGAGGUCUCCUCCUUCCGUAGGGGCCGGGAGUGACCACGGAAGUCCACCCACUCAACAACCAAUGCUAUUGAGUCGGGACCAAACACCUGCUGACCUGGAAGAAGCUAUUCUGAAUGGGGAAAGCAUUCCGGCCUUCAACGUGGGUGGGGAAUUGCGCAUGUGCCUGCCGCAAAUCAUCCGCCAAACUUUGUCCCACUUCCAUGUCCAACAGAUAUGUAAAGCUUGUGAAGAGCUUCAAGUGCAUUGUGCGGAUUGCACCAACUCUCAGCUGGCCUCUUUGAAGGCCGGUGGAUAUCUGGCCAUGAGUGCCAGUCGAUGCGGCCUUAUCACCAAAAGUGACGCCGAACGCCUGACCAGCUACCUUCAUCUCCAGGCAGGCACCAGUCAACAGGACCCAAGGGGAGGCUCGUCCAAAAAAGUGUCUGAUCCAUCAAAAGUCUUCAGUGAUGACGACUCAAAGUCGGUUAUUGAGGGCCUCAGUUCAGGUUCCAAAGACCACCUAGAGCCAGGGGGGUCGAACAGUUGUGAUUCCAGUGAAACAAAGGAGGAACUCAGUGACGACAAGAUCCCAUCAGAUCCCGUUUACAUUCAACACGAGUGCUUUGGUACUGCUCGAGGUGUCCUCUAUCCUGACCUUUACACAAACCCUGACGCGAAAUGCAUUCGAUGCUCCGAUUGCUAUGAAAUGCUCGACCCACAGGAUUUUAUCCGCCAUCUCCAUUCCUCGAGCCGAGAAAAUCGAACCUGCCACUGGGGGUUCGAUCCGGCUCAUUGGAGGUCCUAUCUGCACCUCCAAGAGGACGCCUAUGACUCCAAAAAGGAACUUGACGAGGCUGUUGAUCAUUUGAAACACUUCAAACGACGCUUUCGACUUCCCAAACUCCCACAAAGACAGUCGGAUUCAGUGGUUCCGAAACGCAACCGAAGUUCGCCCAUAUCUCCAUUGGAACAAGUGGAAUCUAACCGGGUCCUUCAUGAUGACAACUCGGGCGGUUUCAAGAGACUCAAGAUUGAAGAGGACGGUGCUGAGGACAGCAGUCAAGGGCCGGACUCGGGGAGCAAGGGGGCGUUCCGGCCUUGGAAGCCAGAUAAUCACGUGGCAGCUCAAAAUGGCAUGUCUCUCGCGGGUGGGACCCCGGAAAAUGAAGUCUCUGAACUUGAUGAAACAUCUCAAAAUCACUUAGACAUUCCGACACCUGCCAGUCCUUCUGUUUUCCUCAACGAUAUAAAAAACACGCUUUCGGAAGAGAGCACCAUUAGUCAUUCCAACAAAGAUGCCGUGCUCAAUGCAUUGGAACGACUCGUUACGAGGUUGCGUGAUGCGGAAAAUUCCGCAAAUUUGGCCGAAGUCGAGUUAAAGAAACUCAAAAGAAGUUAUAAAUGUCUUGAGGAUGAACUGGAUAAGAAGCGAUCCGAGCUAAGAGAGUUGCUCCUUUUGUCAACCAAGUUCCAAAAUAGUUCCAAGGGCAAUCUCGAGUCAACUCCCAACUCUCACCUUGGACAUCACAACAAUAACAACAAUGCGAAUAACUCUAGCAACAAUAAUACCACCACGUCAACAACAACUUCUACAACAACUACUAAUGAAUCUCUCAGCUGUGGACGAGAAGAUCACAGUCCACUCAAUUUAAGCGCUGAAAGCGGGAUCGAUAACCAGGAACGAACGAGUUCCGUAGACUCUCUUAUAUCUAAGGAUCCUGAAGAUCUCCGUGAACGGAUGCAUUCCAUGGAACGGGAACUCCGGAGCCUCAGGACAGAAUUGGCUGCCCGAAGUUUCAACCCCAAUGAGGAUAAACUAGACGGAGUGGACAGCCCUCAAAAUGAUAACGCCUCUUCUCUUGCCCCACCGCCAAAUAAAAAGGCCAAACUGACCGAAAAUGGAAUCCCUGAUCGACCGCUUUCAUCGGGAAGCAGAUCCGAAACGGAGGCUGAGAUCGACACAGAUAAAUUGUGAUCUAGCAUUUAUAUUCACCCUCUUCUCAGUCCCAUUUUUCAAAAAAGGAACGAACAACCCUCAUAUCAGCGAAUCAAAGAACAUCAAAAAUCGAAUUCAUCCACGUGGACCCAGAUCUAUGAAAAACUUAGACCAACUUAAAGCAUCUGCAGCCUUGUCAGAAGAUCUGAACUUUAGUUUUGCUAGAUAGCAUUCAUGAAGUGACCGUUACUAGUAAUUUUCAGGCCUUAUUUCUCUUUUCCCUUUCAAAAAUAUGACCUUGAUCUCGAUAUCCACCCAUUUUUAGAGCAUCUAUUCUAGUGUAAUUUCCACUCUCUUCAAAUUGCUGGAACUUGUUAGUUCCCCUACGAUAUGUUCUCUGACAAAUGAAAGCAAACGAAUGAUACUGCGAAAUGCGCAGAAAACAAUAUGCCAGUGUGACCAACCGUAUGACUCCACAUCAGAACUAUAAUAAAUCGACUUUAGAUCCUGAA